CCUAAGAAGGACCAAUGUAAUGAUUGUUUUUCAUAUAAGUACAAUAACAUUGAUGAUGAAAAAUAUAGAGUUCACAUUGCAAACAAAGGUAAAGCAAACGAAAAUGAAGCAAAUGAAAAUAAAGCAAAAGAUCACGAUCUUAUAGAAAACCGCUCAUGUAUUGUGAUGAGAAUGGACUUACAG